UAAAACUGGCUGGUCAGUUGGAGGGACAAAAGUGGAGGGGAAGAAGUCUUUGUCCAACAGCCGAACAUCAAGCAAACAGUGUAGAGAGAGAGAGACAGGACAUUGUGGAGAAUGUGUCCUGUGUGGCUAUUGGUGGCUGUGACGGUGCUGGGCGUGGCCAGAGGAGCCGUCAGUCAGUGCUGGGAGCAUCCCAGCUGCCAGGAAGUUAAUAAUGAGAGCAGCAUGAAGGAGUGUAUCCAGCUCUGUCAGUCUGACCUCACUGCUGAGACUCCAGUCAUCCCAGGCGAUGGUCAUCUCCAACCUCCCUCUCUGUCAGACCCAGAGUCCCUGCCUUCCCUCUCUCUGUUACUCUCCUCCUCCUCCUCCUCUCCUCAGGCCAAACGCUCCUACUCCAUGGAGCAUUUCCGCUGGGGAAAGCCUGUCGGAAGAAAACGUCGCCCGAUCAAAGUCUACACCUCCAACGGCGUAGAGGAGGAGUCAGCCGAGGUUUUCCCCGGAGAGAUGAAGAGGCAGGACCUCGCCAGUGAGGUGAUGGCAGAAGAGGACGAGGAGAAGGCGGCAGAGGAGGAGCAGGAGCAGCCCCAUGACGUCCACGAGAAAAAAGACAACACAUACAAGAUGAAGCACUUCCGCUGGAGCGGCCCGGCGGCCAGCAAACGCUACGGAGGCUUCAUGAAGAGCUGGGACGAACGCAGCCAGAGGCCUCUGCUCACGCUCUUCAAAAAUGUCAUCAACAAAGAUGUACAGGAGCAGAAGAGGGAGCAGUGAGGGAGGAGGGAAAGGAGGAAGAGAGAGAGAUAGAAGAAGAGCAGACAGAGAGAGUUUUCCACAACAACACCUUCAUCUUAUUGUUGAACAAGUUCUCCAAACUAAAUACAAAAUUUGUCAUUGCCUUCUAAAACAACCCUGCAGGCAACACUGUCUCCUCCAAAUCACAUUUAUAUUCUACUCGUUUGUUUUUCCAUUUGCAUUCUGAUAAAACUUCUUUAAUUAUGUUCACGAACAAUGACAAUGUUUAAGGUUGCAACUAAGGAAUCUUUACAUAUUGAUUAAUGUGCCCAUUUUUAGUUUUCAUGAUUCCCCAUUGAGGUUGUGAAAUGUCUUGUUUUGUGCAACCAACACGAAAGAUAGAUACCAAAGAUAUCCACUCUGCAAUGAAGAAAAUACAGCAAUGUUCAAAACUGACAUUUUUAGUUGAAAAAUGAUUUAAAUGAUUUAUCAAUUAUCGAUUAAUAGACUGAUUGUUCCAGCUGUGUGGUGAAGUGCUGCACUGCACCAGCAAACCAUCCUGACACAGUCCUGACGGAGCACAUUAUCAGUUUAACUCUCCGUAAAUAUUAACGUAAGAUGCUUCUUUUAACUUUGAGUGUUGCUUAUUUAGUGAUAAAUAUGUGUAUAAUGCUGUAAAGACAUACUGCAGAUUUGAAGCCAACUUUUCAGGGGCUUUAGCUGAGUGCUGUGAAUGCCUAAACAUCACAAUAAAAAAAGUUUGAUCAUGCUUUAAA